CGAUUUUCAGGUUGUGCGCAGGUUUGUAUGCUCGCAUUUUGGUGCACUCGAAGGAAUCCAUUGGCCAGUGACACAGCAGAAGGAACAACACUCCGCUGAUCACAAACUCUGCUUAAAUUUUGUGAAUUUAUCUGUUUAAUUAACAUCUGCUCACAAGGUAAAAUGGGUUUGGGUGGCGUCUCCGAUGUGGAGAUGAAGGAUGCUGAUAGUCCAGUGGAGGUCGACCCUGCCGAGCAGAAGAAAGACGCUGAUUUGGCUGCUAUUGAAGAAAUUCGCGAGCAUACUAGGCAGAUAGAAAAGGCUGUACAUAACAAAGAGCAGAGGUUUAUUCUGCGAGUGUUGCGUGCACUUCCGAACACUAGGCGCAGGUUAAAUGGAAAUGUUCUGAGGAAACUCAUCACUGGAUAUUUCACCCAUUCAGUUCAGGAGAAAGAUGCCUUGCUCGCUUACGUGGAAGAGAGCACUGAAAGUGACACUCCGACAACUGUUAGGAUGCGCAGCAACAAAACAUCUAGCACCCCGUUGUUGACUGAAGUUGAUACCUACAUCCAUCUGCUGGUCUUGCUCAGACUGCUGGACACAAACAAGUUUCAAGAGGCUGUUCAGUGCUCCACUGUCCUCAUGAACAAAGUUGCAUCUCAGAACAGGCGCACCAUUGACCUGAUCGCCGCCAAGAGCUACUACUAUCACAGCAGGGCCUAUGAACUCACCAACCAACUCAAUCAAAUUAGAGGUUUCCUGCAUGCCCGUCUGCGGACCGCAACUCUGCGCAACGACUUCGAGGGCCAGGCGGUACUGAUCAACAGUCUGCUCCGCAACUACUUGCACUACCAUCUGUAUGACCAGGCUGACAAGCUGGUGUCCAAGUCAGUGUUCCCAGAGCUGGCGAGCAACAACGAAUGGGCCCGCCACUUCUACUACCUUGGCCGCAUCAAAGCCAUCCAACUCGAGUACUCGGCCGCCCACAAGCACCUGCUGCAAGCCAUUAGGAAGGCGCCACAGCACACUGCCGUUGGAUUUAAACAGACCGUGCAAAAAUUGGCUGUCGUAGUUGAGCUGCUGCUUGGUGAUAUUCCUGAGCGGCAAAUCUUCAGGCACAGCUCCAUGAGGAGAGCGCUAAUCCCUUAUUUCCAACUCACGCAAGCUGUUCGUCUUGGUGAUUUGCAGCGUUUUGAGGACGUGUUGAAGAAUUACGGGACUCUCUUCCAAAAAGAUCACACUUACACCCUGAUCUUGCGUCUGAGGCACAACGUGAUCAAGACCGCUGUUCGAGCGAUUGGACUGUCCUACUCUCGCAUCUCUUUGGUGGACAUCACCAAGAAGCUGUUGCUGGACUCUCCAGAAGAGGCAGAAUUCAUCAUUGCCAAGGCAAUCAGAGAUGGUGUCAUUGAAGCCAGUUUGGACCACGAGAAGGGCUACAUGCGCUCAAAGGAGACAUCUGAUGUGUACUGCACAAGGGAGCCGCAACUUGCCUUCCACGAACGCAUUGCUUUCUGCCUCAACAUCCACAACCAGAGCGUCAAGGCCAUGAGGUACCCACCCAAGGCCUACAAUAAAGAUCUGGAGUCGGCAGAGGAGAGGAGAGAGAGGGAGCAGCAAGAUAUGGAGCUUGCAAAAGAAAUGGCUGAAGAAGAUGAGGACGGAUUCCCUUGAGCGCAUUGUGCACAUUGUCUGUUCUGUUUAUUGUAUUUCUUCAUUAUUAAGAUUAGGUUCUUUAUCUAAUAAUAAUAAAUCUCUGAUUUUGAAUGAA